CUGUAAUUGGCUUGACCUGGGAUUAACCACAGAAUCUUGACUAGAAAAAAAGAUGAAUUCUGAAGAUUGUUCCAUAACAGAAAACAGCGCCUUGCAUGUGGAGAGAGGACAGCAAAGCAGUGCCACCAGCCCUCAUUUUGCAACACAUCGUGAAGGAUACCUUCAAGUUCCUGUCCCAUGUGCUGUACUGAAUGUGGUCAUCAUCACUGUUUUAAUUAUAUCUCUCAUUGCUUUAUCAGUGGGACAAUACAAUUGUCCAGGCCAACAUACGUCCUCAAGGCCAUCAGAAAGCCAACUUUCUUUAUGCUCAGGUGGUUGGAUUAGACACCAGAGGAAAUGCUACCUUGCUUCCACUACGACAGGAAACUGGACCUUGGCCCAAAACGUUUGCUCCAAACAUGGUGCUACUCUUACUCUCGUUGAUUCUGAAGAGGAAAUGAUGUUUUUAAGACAAUAUGUGGGUAGAGCUGAACACUGGAUUAGGGUGAAAAAUGAAACUGGUCAUUCACAGAAACGGUUAAAUGGCAAAGAAUUAAAAAACUGGUCCAACAUUACAGAAUCUGAGAACUGUUCAUUUCUGGGUAGCAUAGACGUCGGCAGAACAGAAUGUGACAAGAAUUUACACUGGAUAUGUAGCAAACCGUCCCAUUAAUGAGGAAUCAUAUUUGAUUAUUGACUACUAUACCAUGGAAUCCAGGAAAUUUGUGUCAGUGAUGCUGCUCUACGGUCAGGAGUUUUCCAUAAAGACUUUGUGAAAAAACUUUGUAUUAUUUCGGAAAUCUUCUUCCAAACAAGACUGUGGGAAAAAGGGAGAGAAAUUUCAGGAAUAUCUGCAAUGUGGAAUACUCCUACAGUGAGCUGAAACGUCGUGGGUUGACAGAUAAUUAUGUUCAAGGAUGAGAAGAUGACUUUAAACCUUUUUGAUGCACUUUAUAUAUUUUAAAAUUCAGAAAUAAUGAAAUAAUUAGGUUUAGAGUUAUUAUUUAUUGUUGAAUGACUACCAACAAUGAGUGUCCUUCAUGCGUUUGGACUCUAUGAAGGAGUUAGAUGGUGGUAUUAAAAACUGAAUGUAAACAGAGAGAAUUUUAACUGUUAACACAUUCAAUCUAAAUGCAUGUUUUAAACUCAGAAAACAUCUAUAAGUGGACAAAUGCUUAUGGAACUAAGCUUUGAAAUAUUUCUCUCUUUUUAGAGAAGUUCUCUUUUUAGACAAAAUCCUUGUCAUUUCUUUACCCCAAAAGAUUGUCUUGAUCAUGUAUUUAUGUUCAUUUUUCUUUUUCUUCAAUGUAGACUCUUCUUUUUCAAUGGUACAUAAUUCAUUGGCUUUAAAACCUUAAAUAGUGUUUUGCAGAGAUAAAGACAAAAGCAAAGAACAUGAGGAAUAUUUAUAAAAGAGGUAAAACUAUUAGAAAAUGUGCAAUAGUGAUGUAGCAAACCUCUAUCAGGAAAAAUUCUCUAUUGUUCAAACUCUGAAUGAUGCUAUUCCUCUCUGAUUAUAGAUUUGUGCCUUUCCUAAUUAAUUCUAUCACGUGCAAUUCUUCAUGUGAAGCAUUUUCUAAGUGCAAUAGAGUGUAUAUGUUUGUUUGUUUUUCUUUUGUAUCUGGUACUAUUAUAA